AUGUCCACACCGUCCAAGAAGAGGCUCAUCCGAGACUUCAAGAGGCUCAGCAGCGACCCGCCCGGCGGCAUCUCGGGCGCACCAUGCGCCGACAACCUCAUGAUCUGGAACGCAGUCAUCUUUGGUCCCGCCGACACGCCGUUCGAGGACGGGACGUUCAAGCUGGUUCUCACCUUUGACGAGUCCUACCCCAACAAGCCGCCGACGGUCAAGUUCCUCAGCAAAAUGUUCCACCCCAAUGUCUACGCCAACGGCGAGCUCUGCCUCGACAUCCUGCAGAACCGAUGGAGCCCGACGUACGAUGUCGCGGCGAUCCUGACAAGCAUUCAGAGCCUGCUGCAUGACCCGAAUCCCAACAGCCCCGCCAACGCCGAGGCUGCCUCGCUCUACCGCGAGAACAUGAAAGAGUACGUGAGGAGGGUCAAGGCGACGGUCGAGGCAUCUUGGAUGGACGACGGCGAGAUGGCAACCGAGGACCCGAUCCCAGAAGAAGACGAAGAAGCCAUGGACGAGUCGGCGCAUGGCAGCGGCGGUGGUGCCGGCCAAGCCACAUCAGCAUCAACGACACCGGCGGCAGCGGCACCGGCAUCCUGA